AUGGCUGAUGAUAGUUUUUUGGCAACGUUAAACGAAUUUAUACAAAUAACAAAGGAAAUCAUUAAAAAAUUAAAUGAAGAAUUAGAUUGGAUUAAUGACCAUCAUACAAGAUGCAAUGCUGCUAAAACAGUGGGUACUACUUCAACAGUAGUCGGCGCAACUGUUCUAGGUGGUGCACUUGUUUUGGCUCCAUUUACAGGUGGUGCUUCAAUUGUAGCAGCAACUGGUUAUGGUGCUUUAGCAUGUACAGCAGGAGCUGCCAUAAACAUCACAACUGAUUUAACUGAUAUGGUUCAUCCAAUAAUGAUAUUUCACGAACAUAUUGAAAGAAUCCAUCGAGAAAAUUAUUUGGAAUUCUCUCGUAAUCUUUCAGUCAAUAUGGAUAUGAAUAAAUAUGGUGUUCAACGUCUUUAA